AUGGUAGAAGCAGUGAGCGAGAAGAAGAAGAGGGCCAGUGUUCCGAAGGUUCGUACCGGUUGUUUGACCUGCAAGUCCCGGCAUAAGAAGUGCGAUGAAACCCGACCCAUAUGUCUUAUGUGCAGCCGUAGCGGACGAAAAUGCCAGGGAUACGUGACACCCCCCGACGGAAGGACCCGUGAAGUUCGAGACGCACGCCAUGCACGCGCAAGCGGUAGGACCUUUAGUGUUGUGCCUACGAACAAAGAGGCUGCCAUGACUGGUAGCCUGGUGCUCAUCGUUGAUGCUAGCCAGGUUGGACUGUCCAACAAGGAGCGUCAGUACUUAUCGUUAUUCCGCUCGCACACCGCUGCACAUUGCACAGGGUAUAGCUUCGACCCAUUUUGGCAACUUCUUGUCCAUCAAGCUAGUGAAUGUUAUCCUGUGGUUCGCCAUGCAGCAAUUGCUAUCAGUGCUCUGCAUCGGGGAUUUGCGGAUCCAAUUGCUGGUCAGCAUGACAUGUUCGCUCUUCAGCAGUGCAAUAAAGCGAUCGGCCAUCUUCGGAAAGGCAUCAUAGAAGACGACCUGUCAGACCCAUCCCACACGGAGAAGGUGUUGGUUGCUUGUGUUGUCUUGAUUACCAUUGCUCUUUUUCAGGGCGAUGUCGAGGCCGUUCGCUGUCAUCUUCGAUCUGGAACAAAGCUCUUGUAUGAGUGGAGAAAGAACAACGCAAAGCAUAGCAUUGUUGCCCCAAUUUUAUUGAACACAUUUGUGCAACUCCACCUUCACUGGGCCAGUGCCACAUGGAUGAAUGAUUACAAGGGGCCGGACUGGCCCUUCCUUAUGGAACUCAUCGAUGAUAAUAUACAGGAUAUUAUGACUUAUCCAGAUGAACAAACACGGCAAACGCUCCUUCUACCAGUCCAAGCUUGGCUAGUGCUCUUCAGCGAUCCAACACGCUUUAAUACGAAGACGUACGACUCCGCGCCCCCCCAAGGCUUCAUGUGGGACAGUGUUUCUGAUAAAUUCCAUCGAUACAAAAAUGGAUACCAGAACUGUGUUGUUCUUCAUAAAAAUAGCGUUGCCACAAAUUCUCCGAAUCAAGAGCGUGCCAUGUUGCUGCUCAAGAUAAACAAUGAAAUACUCCAUAUCACCCUUACCGCCAUACAUUUUACAGGCUCUGAAAUGGAAUGGGACACCCUUUUGCCUCACUUUGAAGCAGCCGUUGAUGCAGCCGAGAAAUUGUUAACAGAUUUCAGUGGGAUGCUUGAUCCUUACUUUUCUGCCAAGGAAGGCUGGAUCCCAACGAUUUUCAUGGCUGGGAUAGCAUGUCGGGAUUGGUCCAUUCGACAGCGAGUUUUGAAAAUCUUCGAGACAUAUAACCGGAGAGAGGGCAUUUACUCCACGUCUGAAGCUCUGGUUGUAUUGCCACGCAUUUAUGAAAUCGAGCAUGCCGGUAUCACUCCGGGGGAGAUUGUGCCAGAGCACAACCGCAUUAGUAUGGCCCAUGUGGAGGAAACCCCCAAUCACUCCAACUACAAGAUGAAAUCUUACAGAUUACUAUACUGUGACGUUGAUAGAGAGUGGCAUAAGGAGGAAGUGCUUUGUCACGACCCUGCUGUCAGACACGCUUUGAAGGACCGCGUCGAAGUGGCGACCCUGGUCUGCAACCCAGGCCGUGACAUUAAUGAUUGA